AGGCAGCGCAGGCGGAUCUUCGUGUGUUUGGUGCAGCAGCAGUUUGUUGAGUUUGAGUCUCGGGUGGAGACUGAAGAACAAACUGUUUGAUCAGCACGCUCACACUUUGUUUCGAUCAGUUUGUGCCGGAUCGAUCGCAGCUGAUCGGAGCUGAUCGGAGCUGAUCGCAGCUGAUCGGAUCGAUGGAUUAGAGCAGCCUUGCGGAGGCAUGGAGAGUGUGUGUGUGUGGCUGGUGUGUGUGUGCGUGCUGAGUGUGUAUGUCGGGGCUCACAGUUCAUUGGACAGAGGUGACCACGCCCACCUGGACCACCAACACUAUCACCUGGUUUCCAAUGGCAACGCAGCCUCAGACCUGUGUGUGAUAGACCAGCAGCUCUGUCAGGACGAGAACUCUCUGCUGAGUUUCGAGGCGAUCUGCAGCAUCCACAAACUGAUGGAUGACGACGCCGAUGGGACGGUGGACGCCACCGAGACGGACGAGUUUCUCAGGGAGGAUCUGAAGUAUCACGACCCCAAAGCCAAACACAGCAGCUUCCACCGGGCCGACCUGCUCAUCAGCGUGGAGGACAUGUGGACCACCUGGAAGAGCUCCGAAGUGUAUAACUGGACGGUGCAGCAGGUGGAGGACUGGCUGCUCGUCAGUGUUGAGCUUCCUCAGUACACAGAAACCUUCAGGAAACAGCAGCUGGAUGGAAAGGCCUUACCCAGGUUGGCGGUGAAGAACACCACGCUGACCGUGAUCCUGCUGAAGAUCUUAGACCGGAGUCACGCUCAGAAACUGCAGCUCAAAGCUCUGGACAUCGUUCUGUUCGGCCCACCGCCAGGCCGUCAGAACCGGUGGAAGGACCUGGUUCUGGGUGUGUCCAUCCUGAUGGCGCUGGGCGGCUGCUGGUUCGCCUACGUUCAGACCAGGAAGUCCAGAGACGACCUGGGUCAGCUGAUGAAGGACCUGGAGGGUCUGCAGAGGGCCGAGCAGAGUCUGAUGGACCUGCAGGAGAAGCUGCAGAAGGCUCAGGAGGAGCAGCGCUGUGUUCAGGUGGAGAAGGUGAAGGUGGAGGAGCAGCUGAGGAGCGAGAUCGACUCGGCCAAGCUGGAGGCUCAGCGGCUCCGAGAGCUCCGAGAGGGAACGGAGAACGAGAGGAGUCGGCAGAAAUACGCCGAGGAGGAGCUGGAACAGUUCCGGACGGCGCUGAAGAAGGCGGAGAGGGAGUUGGAGUCGCGGCCGCUCUGGGCGCCACCGGAGGCUCUGCAGAAGUGGCUGCAGCUGACGCACGAGAUCGAAGUUCAAUAUUACAACAUCAAGAAACAGAGCGCAGAGAGACAGCUGCUGCAGGCCAGAGAGGGGGCAGAGAAGAUCAAGAAGAAGAGGAGUUCUCUGUUCGGGACGUUUCAUGUGGCUCACAGCUCCUCGCUGGACGACGUCGACCACAAGAUCCUCUCUGCCAAACAGGCCCUGGCCGAGGUGACGGCGGCCCUGCGGGAGAAGCUCCACCGCUGGCAGCAGAUCGAGUCUCUGACGGGUUUUUGUGUGGUCAACAACCCGGGUCUGGGAGCGCUGGCUGUCGCUCUCAACCUGGACCCGUCCUUCCUCGGCCUGCGACCUCCGACCCCUCAGCACCUCCUCCUCUCUGAUGACCUCGACGACAUGGACGAAGACAUCCUGUCUCCUGGGACGCUGCAGUACGCAGCGUGGCAGAUGGACCGGCGAGUGAGCGACCUCUGGCCCCUGAGUGGCAUCGCAGACACCCAGGCACCAUGGAAACACUCUGGUUGGCCCCUCCCUCCUACAGCCUCCCUCUCUCUGAUUGGUUCAUGCCUCUCUCAGAGUCUGAUGCCCCUGCGACAGAGGAUAGGAGACCCCGCUCUGGCUUUCAGCUCUCAGAGGGACAUCAUGAACCGCUCAGACUCUGACUCCGCCCUCCCUCUCUCUCACAGCGAAUCACGAGGCUUGUACGGCUCCAAGCCCUACCUCCAUUCAUCCAGGCUCCACCCACUGCAGGGUCAGGGCUCUGGGCUCGGUGGAGGAGCAGGAGGAGGCCUGGAGAAGAGCUCCAGCCUCGGGGAGCUGAGGGGCAACCCCGUCACCUCCGCCCUCGCCUCCUCCUGCUCCACCCGUUCCCUCUGCAUCACGUCCGACACCGCCGAUGGACCGCUCGUCUUCUCGUCCUCUGCCUCGUCCAGCUCGUCCAGCAGUGGUCGCGGGACGGCCGUCCAGCACCUGACCAGGAGGAGUCCCGUGGAGCAGGAUGGCGGAGAGGAGAGCGAGUCGUCCGGCAGCCGGAGGAGAAAUGCUUUCAAUAAGAUCUUUAAGAAGAAGCAGGGACGCCACUGAACCGGAGUCUCAAAACUUACAAACCUGCUUCUGUCUCACCACGAGAUCUUCAUCGUGAUGAACGAAACAGACGCUCACAGGGAACAUCAGCUUUUAACGCUUCACUCGUCCGCCUUUUACUUCUCUCUGUUAAACUGAGGAAAGAUUCAGACUGAAGACGACACAGCUUACAGCGGCACAAACCAACGAAGAAGACCAAGAGGAGGACUGAACAAGUUCAUCUUCUUGAAGAGAAACUGACCCAACGUUUCUGAGACAAACGAGAUGAUCUUCUCGCUGGAUGUAGAUUUAGUAAAAAUACGUUGUUUCAGCUUCUUAAAGUUUGACCAUUUUUAUGCCAAAGAGUUUUCUGUCUGUCUGUCGGGGUUGAAAACUCUCCAAAGACCAGAUUUAAAACCUCACGUAGCUUCUUCCUCCUGUUGAAAGCUGCGAGCCAAUCAGCCUGCAGCCUGUUUCAAUGACACGUCGUCCAAUAACUGAGCUACUGAAAUACACAAAGACAACUUUCCCGCUCUGGUUCAGACCAAACUCCUCCCUGUGGACCACCCCAGGACAACAAUAUGUCCGAUAGUGAAUGGCUGUGUGUCGUGAGUUCAAUAUAUGACUCCUGUCAAUUUAAAAAAUACUUUUAAGUCAAGAAAGUUUCUGAUUGUCUGUGAACUGUAAGAAAAUUACACAUUUCUCUCUCCACAAGCUAACGUCAACCAGAGCCAAGGUUAUUAUUGUUCACUAAAACUAAAACUAGCUGAGAGAAAACAGUUGGUGUCGGUGUAAAUGUUUAGAGACUGUGAGUUUAUGUGUUUGUUCUGUUCUACCGAUUGUGCAAACAAACAAACUGAAACUGAACUGAAGAUAAAAAUAAAAGUAACUGAACAAUAUAAAGCUAUAAUAACUGAUGAACAGCUGAUUAAACACAUCCGGUGAGAUAGCAUAAAGGUGGCGACCAUGUUGGUGCUAACCUGAAUUUAAAUGUUUCUGCGACAACUGCAACUGUCUUGUCUUGAAAAAAAACAUUUACUUUUUCAUUUUUGGCACAAAAACUGGAUUCCAAAAUCAUUCGUCUCUCGUCUUUCUAACGUAUAGUAGUUUGAAUAAAGAACCUGGACAUAGAUUAGCUUAGCAUAUAGCAUAUCUAAGUACAGGAAAGGAGGAAGUAGACUGAGACUUGCUCUGAUUGGACCCCCCCCGUCAUAUUGAUACUCACAUUCCUCGAAGCACUGGUCGAGGAGGUGGAGUAGCAGCCAUAUAUGAUUCGAGCGUUUUAAUGGACCCUAAACCUAAACUAAAUUAUAAUUCAUUUGAAAGCCUUGUUCUUAGUCUUUCUCACCCAAACUGGAAAACACUGCAGCCAGUUCUAUUUGUUAUAGUGUACCGCGCUCCUGGACCGUACUCUGAUUUUAUAUCUGAAUUCUCAGAGUUUUUAUUUUAGGCCUUAAAUCAGAUAAAGUAAUUAUUGUAGGUGAUUUUAAUAUUCAUGUGUAUGUUAACAAUGACAGCCUUAGUAACGCAUUUAUAUCAUUAAUAGACUCAAUUGGCUUCUGUCAGAGUGUAAAUAAACCAACUCAUUGUUUUAAUCACACUCUUGACCUUGUUCUAUCAUAUGGCAUUGAUAUGGAACAUUUAAUAGUCUUCCCACAUAAUCCUUUCCUAUCUGACCAUUAUUUAAUAACUUUUGAAUUCAUACUAUUAGAUUAUAAGCCAUUAGGUAAAACUUCCUACAGCAGAUGUCUAUCUGACAGUGCUGUAGCUAAAUUUAAGGAGGAGAUUCCUUCAGUGUUUAAUUCAAUGCCAUGUCUGAAUUUAACAGAGUCCUAUAACGACUUUAGUCCCUCUGAAAUUGAUAAUCUUGUCGAUAGUGCUGCAGGCUCACUACGAAGAACAUUAGAUUCUAUCGCUCCUAUAAAAAGGAAAUUAUUAAAACAUAGGAGACUAGCACCUUGGUACAACCACCAAACCCGCCAGUUAAAGCAAAAAAUCUGAAAGGAAAUGGCAAAUUAUCAGAAUAUCGCUCAAUUUGGCAAGAUAAUCUUAAAACCUAUAGAAAGGCCCUCCGUAACACCAGCCUAUUACUCAGCACUAAUAGAAGAAAAAUAAGAAUAACCCUAGGUUCCUCUUCAGCACUGUAGCCAGGCUGACAGAGAGUCACAGCUCUAUUGAGCCACAUAUCCCCAUAACCUUAAGUAGAAACGACUUUAUGAUCUUCUUUUAUAAUAAAAUUAUUUCUAUUAGAGAGAAAAUUAAUCACCAACUGCCAUCAACAGUUAUCAGUGGCUCUCCAAGUUCAGGAACUUUAACUAAUGUAAACUCAGAUAUAUAUUUAGACUGUUUUUCUGCUAUCGAUCUUCACCAGUUAACUUCAAUAAUUUCUACAUCGAAGUCAUCUGUUGGACCCGAUCCCAACUAGGCUUCUUAAAAAAGUCGUACCCUUAAUUGGCACUUCUUUACUUGAUAUGAUUAAUCUUUCUUUAUUAUCAGGAUAUGUACCACAGUCCUUUAAAGUAGCUUUAAUUAAACCCCUUCUUAAAAAGCCCACUCUUGACCCAGGGGUUUUAGCCAACUAUAGACCGAUCUUUAACCUCCCCUUCCUCUCUAAGAUUCUGGAGAAAGUAGUCGCCAAAGAGUUGUGUGACUUUUUACAUAACAAUAGUUUAUUUGAGGAUUUGCAUUCAGGAUUUAGAGUUCAUCACAGCACAGAGACAGCUCUGGUUAAAGUUAAUAAUAACCUUUUGAUUGCUUCAGACAAUGGACUUGUUUCUGAACUUGUAUUAUUAGAUCUUAGUGCUGCAUUUGACACCAUUGACCAUAAUAUUCUUUUACAGAGACUUGAGCAUCAAAUUGGCAUUAAAGGAACCGCACUAAGCUGGUUUAGGUCAUAUUUAUCAGAUCGUUCGCAGUUUGUACAUGUUAACGAUGAAUCUUCAAUAAAUACUACAGUUUGUCAUGGAGUUCCACAAGGUUCUGUACUUGGACCAAUACUAUUUACUUUAUAUAUGCUACCUUUAGGCAACAUUAUUAGGAAUCACUCCAUUAACUUUCACUGUUAUGCAGAUGAUAUGCAGUUAUAUCUAUCAAUCAAGCCCGAUGAAAUUAAUCAAUUAUCUAAAUUACAAACAUGUCUUAAGGACAUAAAAUCCUGGAUGAGCUGCAAUUUUCUGAUGUUAAACUCAGAAAAAAAAAACGAAAUUCUUGUACUUGGCCCUAAAAAUCUUAGAGACUCACUGUCUAAAGAUAUAGUUACUCUAGAUGGCAUUAACUUGGCCUCUAGCACCACUGUCAGGAAUCUUGGAGUUAUCUUUGAUCAGGAUUUGUCAUCUAACUCCCACAUAAAGCAAACCUCUAGAACUGCCUUCUUUUAUUUACGUAAUAUUAGAAAAAUUAGACACAUACUAUCACAGACAGAUGCAGAAAAACUAAUUCAUGCAUUUGUUACUUCAAGGCUGGAUUACUGCAACUCUUUAUUAUCAGGUUGCCCCAAUAAGUCCAUUAAGACGCUCCAAUUAAUUCAAAACACUGCAGCACGAGUACUGACAGGAACUAGAAAAAGAGAUCACAUCUCUCCUGUACUAGCUUCUCUGCACUGGCUCCCUGUAAAAUGUAGAAUAGAAUUUAAAAUCCUCCUCCUCACCUACAAAGCUCUUCAUGGUCAGGCCCCUUCAUAUCUUAAAGAGCUCAUAGUACCCUAUUACCCCACUAGAACACUACGUUCUCUGAAUGCUGGGCUACUUGUGGUUCCUAUAGUCUCUAAAAGUAGAACAGGAGCCAGAGCCUUCAGUUACCAAGCUCCUCUCCUGUGGAACCAGUUUCCAGUUGUGGUUGUGGAGGCAGACACCCUCUCCACAUUCAAGAAUAGGCUUAAGACAUUCCUCUUUGAUAAAGCUUAUAGUUAGGGCUGGAUCAGGUGAGUCCUGAACCAUCCCUUAGUUUUGCUGCUAUAGGCCUAGACUAUCGGGGGAUUUCCCAUGCCAUGGUGCACUGAGCUCCUCUCUUCCUCUCUCUUUCUGCACUCAUUCAUGUCCCAUUAAUGCAUGUUACUCACUUCACUUCUUCCUCAGAGUUCUUGUGCUUUCUCGUCUCGCAGGAUCUUAUCAAUCCUGGUGGAGCCUCCUGCCAUGGUCAUGCUAGAUUGCCAUUGCCAAUACUGUUGUUGCUGUGCACCUGUCUGUCUGUCUCUCGCUCUCUCUCUCUCUCUCUCUCUCUCUCUCUCUCUCUCUCUCUCUCUCUCUCUCUCUCUCUCACCCCAACUGGUCGAGACAGACAACCACCCACCUAGGGCCGAAGGAUUCAGUUCAAUUCAAUUCAAUUCAAUUCAAUUCUGUCCUAGGUUUUUCCUUGCCCUUGUCGCCAAGGUCUUGCUCAUGGUGGUACUGUUGGGUCUCUGUAAAUAAUGUUAUAAAGAGUUCGGUCUAGACCUGCUCUAUUUGAAAAGUGUCCUGAGAUAACUUCUGUUAUGAAUUGGCGCUAUACAAAUAAAAUUUAAUUGAAUUCAAUUCAAUUCAAUUCAAUUGAAGGGUUUGUAGUAGAAGCUGGUAGUUAGCGGGAAGUGUUUUACUGUGACUGUAGUUUCUUUCUGUCCGCGCAGUAAAAGAAGAUAAUUGUGGGAAUUAGCUGUGUGGUGUUAGAGUUGAAUUUAAAGUUUUAACCGUCACACGGCCGACAACUGUCUCGAGUUGUCUGAUGACAACUGAACGCAUCACGAAUGCUUCAAAAUUAGACGAUCCAAAGCUGUGCUUCAGGCGGUGCGUUCAGGCGCUCAUUGUUCAAACGUAAAGUCAACAAUUUCCAAGUUUCCCUUAAAAAGAAACUGAGGAUGUUAAACUGGGAUCAGUUCAAUCACCUGAAUGCCGUUGAGCAGGUGACCGGUGUGCAGUGCAUUGUGGGAAACUGAACCUUCGAAACAGACAGUGUGUGUCAGGUGCGUGAUGGGAACUCACAUAUUGUUGUGUAAGUGCCUUUUUGUUACAUAUUGUACAUAUCAGAGUACAUUAUGGGAUUAUUGUUGUUCUGCAGUCUGCGAGUGUGAUCAGAUCAAUAACCUCCUUUAUGGUUUAAAGGAUCAUUUUAGACUGUUGUAUUUUGUGUUGCAACGAUUAGUCGAUCAAUGAGUCGAUUGGAAGAAAAUUAAUCGUCCAAACAAUUCUCUGAUUCUGGUUUUAUUGUUAUAAACUGAAAAUAAACUGUUAAAUAAAGACGAUGUUGGAAGAACAA